AACAUGGGGUUAUGACUGAAGAUUGACAGGGUCCGGUCUAGUAAGGCCAGGCAGGGGAACAAAGGAGAUAUGGUUCUGACUGCAGACUUACAUGUUCCUGGUCCUUAUGGCCUGGCAGGGAGGCUAAGAGUGUGGGGUUCUGGCCUCAGACUCACAGGUUCCUGAUCCACUCAUGGGCAGGCAGGGGAGCAAAAAGUUGGUGUGAUGGCCACAGACAGACAGGUUUCCAGUCCCAUCAGGAGCAGUCUGCGGACCUAAGGAUGUGGGGUUCCUGUUACAGAUUGACAUGUACAGUCAAUGCUACUCAGCACAGCCACAGGAAGUUGGGUUCUGGGCACAGGCUGUCAGGUCUAGGUACCAUCAGGGCCACACAGGGCAGCCUCAGGGAGUGAGGUCCUGGCAGCAGACUGACAGGUUCCCGGUGAAGUCAAGGAAGUGGAUUCUGGCUUCAGUACAGUAGAGAUUGCUGAACAAAGUAACUCCCUGCAUCCAAAGCUUCUGUGCUGUAAGCCCCCCUGUGACUCCCUGUAUCCAAAGCUUCCAUGUUGUAUGUAACUCCGUUUUCCUGCUGAUGUAGCCCUUUUUCCCUUUAAAAACUCUCCCUAAGAAAGAUCGGGGCCUCACUCCUUCCUCUGCUGUGCUGGUUGGUUGGAUGGGGUCCCUGUCGCGGCUUGUACUCCUGAAUAAACCUUGCUUUUGCAGUUCGGUGUGAUCGACACUCUGGGGGUCUCUGCAGGGAUCUAAUGAUCUGGGCACAGCAUACUUUUUGGUACCCAGCAGUUGAAUUAUUAAUAAAGACCCUCCACGACAUUGAGAAACUGAGGACUGGAUGACUUCAAUGCUGAACAUGAUCCAAAGAAAAAUUGAUUCCAAUUGUUCUCAAGCUUUUGAAAACAUGGAUAUUAUCCCAGACUCCUUUUAUGAGGCCAGCAUCACCUAAUUCUAAAACCAGAAAAAGAUACAAUAAGGAAAGAUAAUUAUAGAGCAAUGUCUGAUGAAUAUAGAUGCAAAAGUCCUCAACAAAGUACGAUAUAAUUAAAUCCAACAAUGUAUCAGCAAGAAUGUGCAUCAGGACCAAGUCAAAUUUAUUCCUGGCAUGCAGGAAUCAUUCAACUUAUGAAAGUUUAGUAAAGAAUGUAGCUAGAAAGAAGGGAAAACUUCUAAUUUAGGCAUUUUAUCCAUUUUAUUUAACCAAAAUAUUUGCUGCGACAAGACUUUGCAACAUGUGUAUUGUGUAAAUUAUCUGUGAAUGUUUUAUUUUAACUUGUUUUGCAGGGAGGAAAACCAACAUUAGGCAGAAAGUCAUAUUUGCAUUGCUAAGAGACAAGUCCUCUUAUGAUGUCACAGUAACUCAGGACCAUGGUGAUGGCUGACAUCAGCUAGUCUUGUGUAAGUCUACUAAAGCAACAUUUGAGGCCUCAGUUCUCAAAACCAGGCAGAAGCCAAAGAAAAAUUUAUUUGAGAUGGCCCAGGUUCCCUCAGAAGUUCAAGGUGUCUCUCCUCAGAGUGGAACAACUGAUUCAGAAAACACCACUGAAGCUCCAGGCUGGUAUCCCACAAUUGAUAAUGACUUGGAUUUAAGGUCUGUAGUUGAAGAAAAUGCCUUUCAAGCUUUAUCUGAAGGACCCUUGAUAAAAAGACCACGCUAUACACUUUGUAUGUCUGACACCCCAGAAGGGAAUGAUUUUGUUUCUCUGACCUUUCCUGUAAAACUUUGGAAGAUAGUUGAAAGUGAUCAAUUUAAGUCAAUUUGGUGGGACGAAAAUGGGACUUCUAUUGUGAUAAAUGAAGAAUACUUUAAGAAAGAAGUGUUGGAAAGAAAGACCCCUUUUAAGAUAUUUGAAACAGACAGCAUGAAAAGUUUAGUUCGACAGCUUAACCUUUAUGGAUUUAGAAAAAUACGACAAGAUUUCCAAAGCUCUGCAUCCCUGACUGACUUUCUGGAAGAAGAAAACAACAUACCUGUUUUUAGCAAGUUACUGUUCUAUCAGAAUCCAAAUUUUAAGCGAGGAUGUCCCCAACUUCUAGUAAGAAUGAAGCGCAGAGUUGGGAUUAAACACACAUCUCCACCAUCUGCUUCUUUAGUUCACAAUCUUGACAAGACAUACCACAGUGCAGGCGAGUAUGUGCAUACUCAAAAUCCUAGCUCAUCUACAGAAACUAAUGAAGAAAGGUUACUUUCAACUUCUACAAAUUUAAAUGUGCCUCCUACUAGCCACAGAAUUGCUAAUUCAAAUGAUCCAGUGACAAGUAAUAUUUUGACUCCAUCAUCAACUUUAAUUGCACCAUCAGUACAAUUUGUAACAAAUCAACAUGCUCUUUUAAAUCAAAUGACCACUUCUCAUAGGCAUUCAUAUAGCACCUACUCUCAAGCACAUGGCCAUAUCCUGAAUGUUGUGACAACUACAACUUCUAUUUCCCAAUUUCAAAUAUUGUCUCCUGUACAGAAUAAUUAUUUUGGACUGAUGGCAAACCGUCCUGUUUUUGCACCUAGACAUCCUUCUUUAGCAACAAUUGUGGGUCCUUUUUCUAGCACGUUAACAGCAAGCAAUCCAUGGUUCACUAUGCCAAUGAUAGCUAGUAGAACUGCUGCCUCCCCGCCAAUGUCAACUAAUCAACCAUCCUCAAUAUACCAAUAUCCUAAUUUUAACUGACCUUUGACUAAAUGAAAAUUAGACACGGAAAGGUGUUAUGUUCAUCAGUUCUGGAAAAAUAACUGAAAUUCUAUUACUUGAACAAUAAAAUGACA